GUGACAUCACCACACACACACACACACACAUGCACCAAACCCACUGCACUGCACUGCACGCCAAAUCUCUUUGUCUCACACACACACACACACACGAACGAGCCGCUCUUUGAGCCGACAAAAUGCGAGCCAGUCAUCUGUCAUCGGUGGGUGCAGACAUGGAACCAUCCCCUUCACAUCACACCACCGCUGGCAGGAGGGGAACCCGCAGUGUGUGCAGGUACAGCACUAAGGCAGACAGGAGCAGCAUGCCGCCAGCCUGCAGCAUGAAACACACACACACACACGAACGAUAGAGUGAGGUGUGUGUGUGCUAUAUGUGUGUCGGCAGGGUGCGGGGGGUUUGCUGGCUGGCUGACAGUGGCAGCCCUCCCUCUCUCUGCAAGCACUCUGGCUGUCUCUCUGGGCUGAUAUGGGAAGGCCCCACAUGUUUGGAUGGGCACACACUGGGGAGGCAAACCAGCCACCGUCUCUCUCUCUCUCGCUCUCUCUCUCUCUGUCUCUCUGUCUUUCUGUUCGUCUGCUGGCGAGGGUGUGCGUGUGCGUGUCUGCUCACCUGGUGUGCGACGCCGAGGUCCACCGGCACAUACAUCAUCAGGGUGGCGAUGCCUAGCAAAACCUGGUGAGAUUGAGCCGUUUACACACACACACACACACACACACAGAGAGAGAGAGAGACAAAUGGACGAUGUGAGUGCAUAGUGAGGUGGGAUGGGUUCCCCUCACCCAUCCACUCACCUGUCCAAAAGCAGCGGCCGGGAGGAGGUGCGCCGCAAACUGCACACACGGACGGCACAGACCAAAAGGAUAGAACACACGAUCUCCCUCUCCAUGUGUGGACAUACCUUGACGGCUGGUGACACAGGCAGGCUCCUCGCCGUCAGGAACAACCCUGACACAAACAAGCAAAGAGAGACGAUGGAGUCAUCCAGCCAUUGGUCGCUGUGGGCCGCUGUCUGCCACCCACCUGCCGUCGAUGCGAGUGUGGCGUAUGCGAGCAGCCUGUGGUCGAACUGCACCACGGGCGUGCUCUCAAACACAUUGCGGAUCAGCCCGCCGCGGAGCGUCUCGAACACCUCGGGCGGCACCCAGCUGCACCCCCCCAUAAAAACACAAUCAGCACGUCUCUCUCUAUCUCUCUGUCUCUCUGUCUCGUAGCUCACUCGUCAAGCAUUUUGGGCCAGGUGUUGUAGGCACGCCCCGCGUCAUUGCCGGCCACAAACGCACCUAACAAACAGAAGGAAAGAAGAUCUCUGCCACAUCCAUCCAUCCAUCAAUCGGCUCUGUUGGGCUGACCAGACACAAGCGUGAUGCCGAGCAGAGCGGCCAGUGGCGCACUGAAGCCCCGCAGCCGGCGUGCCGCCUGCACCAUGGCCUGUGUGGGGUGCACCGUCUCUGGGAGGGGUCGCAGAAGGGUCAGGGAGGUCCACAGGCAGCCGGCGUAGAGCGCAAAGGCCAUAGUCAGGUGGGUUGCCAGCCGAUAGGGCGAUACUCUGCAGUCAUUCGUCAAUCCAUCCACCACAAUAUCUGUCCUCUGUGUGUGUCCUGGUGGCCAUACCUGGGUGUCUUGAGCUGUGUGGUGGGCUCUGUGAGCCCGCUCUUGACCAUCCACCAGCCGAUGCCGCCCUGCAUCGCGCCAAAGGCGAAAAGACCUGCACCAAACCCACACACGCGCAUCUGUUGUGCCCUUGUGCUCUCUCUCUCUCUCUCUCUGCGCCUCUCUGUGGCACCUACCUGCGAGCCUGAUGAGCAGUGGUGGCCUGAGAGCCCCUCUGAGAAGGAAGUAGGCGAGCCCGGUGCCGAACACCACACCAGUGAAGCGGCCAGCCAUCCUGGAAAGCGCAACACACGACACAGCAGAGCAGGAGCCAUGUCUGCAGUAUCGUAUUGGUGUACCUGUGGAACCACUCGACAAAGUAGAUGUACUUGAACUCGUCCAGGGUCAUCCCGUAGUUGAUCUGGGUGUACUCGGGAGUCACCUGCACACAGACACCGACACCGACACUUCAGCAAUCAACCGACUGUGGCUCCGUUCAUGAGCCGCCCAGGAGCAUUCAUUGGCGACCGACCUUGUACUUGUCGAACUCCACAUUCCAUUCGUCUUCAGUGCUCGGCAGCGGGCGCCCCUACACACACACACACACACACGGGAGCGAAUACGUAAACAGCCACACAGCCACCACACGCAGCGUUGGUUAGUGCUGUUUAUCCUACCUCGAAUUUCCAGUCGGUCAUUGAGAGGCCCGAUUUGGAGAGCCUCGUGUAGCCGCCUAUCGUCACCAUCCCAAAUACGCAACCAGACGAUGCUGCUCAACACACACAUCAGACACAGCCCAUUCCAUGGUUGUCUGUGCGCCUGUGUGUGUACUCCCUCCCUCACCGAGAAGCCACCAGCCGACGGGUUUCUCAAAGCCUGGCCUCACCCACCCCCCGCCCCAACCUCCACUGCUGUUGCUGGUAGUAGUGGUGCCCUCCGACGCAGUCGCUGACUCACCAGCAGCCGUCCUCCCACCCACACUGACAACCAGACCAUUCGCACAACGAACAAACAGAGAAAGUACAACACCCUCACGCCACUGAUCUCUGUCGGUUGGUUUCAUCAUCGCACCUGCUGUCAGCUACAGCCGCUGAUGUGAACCCCCGUUGCUGAGCCCGGCCAGCACCACUCGGUGGAGAGCUGCCUGGUGCCGAUGAGGGCGGCGACGAUGCGUGGCUGGACGCAUCAGAUCUGAUGGGACGGAGCUGCACGCGGCGGGACAGAGAGGUCCGGAGGGCCAUGCGGUGGCCGGCGUAGCUGCCUUGCAGCAGGCGAGCAAACGAUGAGUACCGAUACAUACUGCACGGCCUCAGAUCUGAACCCUUCACCUCCGUC